GGGGCCGCGCCGCGAAAGUGAAAGGUGCUUGAAUCGGAACGCGAGACGCAGAGCGAUCGUCGUCGCAUCAACUCGGCAAUAGCAGAACUGGGAAUCAGGAGUGUCGCGAUGCAGCCGCGCAGCGUUGGCCUGCUGGCCGCCCUGCUGUUGCUAGGCAACGGCGGAGCGUCGGCCGAGUGGGUGUGGGGUCGCACCAGCAAGGCGGUGAAGACGGCGCCAGCGCAGCCGACCGAGCCGGCCGCUGCGCCAGUGGAGGAGGUGACCGCCGACGAAGAGGGGUUCGUGGCCUUCACGGAGCCGCCUGACACUCUGCCCCAGGCCAAGGUGGUCCAGGGCACCUCCGGAGACUUCGUGGCCGAGUCCGCGCUAGACUCCUCACGCGGGGGCAAGGCGAUCGAUUCGGAGACCUACGACGAGAUCUACAACGACCCGGAGGUACAGGCGGCGCUAGAGGCCGGCAACGACACGCAGGCGCGCUCCUUCAUCAGGAACAAGCUGUGCUUCCUCGGCCUGGUGGACUGUGAUGACGACCUGCCGCCGCCGCCGCGGUACCCGCCUCCUGCGCCGCCGGGUAACGUGCCUCUCGGGCCGCUCCGCCCCCCGCCCGUCCACGGCGGCGGCUACCCGGCCGCCGUCAACUCGCACUACUCGCCGCCGAAGCCGUCGUACGGGCCGCCGCAGAGCAGCUACGGCGCGCCGAAGCCGGCGUAUCACCCGCCACCGAAGGGCGGCUACGGCCCGCCCAAGGGCGCGUACCCGGCGCCGAUCAACAGUCACUACACGCCGCCGAAGGCGCACCACGACAUCCACCGGGACGGGCCGGUCCGGCACGGCGGCCACGACAGCCACGACAGCCACAACAACCACGACGACCACGUUACGCACAUCCACCACGGCGACCACGACAGCCACGGCAAGGACAGCCAUGUGACGGUGAGUCACGCGCCGAUCCAGCCGGCGCCAGUGCAGGAGCAUCACCACACGCACCACCACACGCACAUCGAGCCCGGCCGGCCGGGCAAGGCCAUCGACGUCAGCCUGCCCGUCUAUCCGCCCACCUACACGCCGCUGCUGGCCGGCGUCAACCGCGGCCCCGAGCUGGGCAUCGCCUCCAUCAACAGCGGCGCGUUCGUCAACUCCAACCUCGGCCCGGGGGUCACGAAGAUCGCCAACCGGCCGGUGUCGGGCGGCCUCGGUGGCGGCGCCGGCCUCACCAACCCCACGCUCGCCGGCGGCUUCGGCGGCGGCGGCGCGGCCAGCCUCGGCAGGCCCGCCAGCGGACUCGGCUCGCUCUACUACCGCGAGAACUGCGUGUGCGUGCCGCGCUACGCGUGCGACGCCGUAGACGUGGUGUCGGCGCGCGCCGGCCGCGGCACUGUCGACCUUAGCGUCAUCAGUCCGCGCGCCAACUUCCGCAACGGCAGCGCACUGGCGCGCGUCGCCAAGAGUCUCGACGGCGACGAGAUCCUGGCCCAGGUCAAGGCCGUCAUCUCGGAGGAGAAGCAGGACGUGUCUGCGGCGGCCUCGGGGUCGGAGACGGUGUCUCGCACGAGACGUGCGACGCUGACGAAGCCGCAGGAGACCGAGGCCCGCCAACUGAGCCGUCUUAGCUCGCAGCCGACGCCCGAGGUGCCCGAGGGUAGACAGCUUGUCACCGACGCACAGGGGCGCCAGCUGGGCUACCAGCCGAACCACCGCGGCUGCUUCCAUACGGACGUCUGCUGCCGGAACCCGAUCCCCAUCGGCUCGCAGGGCAGGCAGCAGCCGGGCAGCUGCGGCGUCGGUCGUACGGACGCCGUCAACGGACGCAUCAAGAACUAUGACGUCAGGGAGGGAGAGACCGUGUUCGGUGAAUUCCCGUGGCACGUGGCCAUCCUGAAGAAGGAGGGCGCCGACAACGUGUACGUGUGUGCCGGCUCCCUGAUCGGCACCGAGUACAUCCUGACGGCCGCCCACUGCGUCAAGAGUUACGAUCCGUACGCGCUGCGCAUUCGCCUGGGUGAAUGGGACGUCAACCACGAGACCGAGUUCUAUCCGCACGUAGAGAAGGACGUGUCGGGCAUCUACAUCCACCCGGAGUUCUACGGCGGCAACCUGCACAACGACAUCGCCAUCCUGAAGCUGGCCAGCCCCGUCGACACCGUGUACAAUCUGCACGUGGGACCGGUGUGCAUCCCGCCACAGUACGCCGACUUCACCAACCAGCGUUGCUGGACCUCCGGCUGGGGAAAGGAUGCCUUUGGAGACUUCGGCAACUUCCAGAACGUGCUGAAGAAGGUGUCCGUCCCAGUGGUGGGCAACUACGAUUGCGAACAAAAACUGAAGCGCACGCGGCUCGGCUACGACUUCCAGCUGCACAGUGGCUUCCUGUGCGCCGGCGGAGAGGAGGGCAAGGACGCCUGCAAGGGAGACGGCGGCGGACCGCUUGUGUGCGAGCAGGCCGGCUCCUACUACCUCGCCGGCAUCGUGUCCUGGGGCGUCGGCUGCGGCCAGCGAGACGUGCCCGGCGUCUAUGUCAAGGUGAACGAGUACCUGCCCUGGAUUCAGUCCAUCACUGCGUACCGGCCGUACACUGGCAUCCAGGCGCGGAGUAGGAAGAGGGCGGAGGGUAUCGAGGCCGAGGACUACAUUGAAGUGAUCAAGGAAUAGACUGCCGAUUCGCAAAAGAGGCUGUUGUACCAAACAGAAACUCUCGCGCGAAGCGUCCAUCGCUCCGAAGGGCGAGAGUGAGAGGACAGUGCGACUACAGUGUGGCGACAGAGUGACUGCAGUGGGUGACAGUGUGACUACAGCGACCUGCGAAUGGUCGCCGACGGCCUGGACGCAGACGUCCGGAUCGCCACCGACCGAUGACGUGACGUGUGGGAGAUUUCAUAAAGUUCGCGAUCAGGCCUCUGCUCCAGGCCGGCCACGCCCCGCGACCAUGUCGGACUGCGACUAAAUCCACAAAGAGGCCAAACAUUCCUUACGGUCUUCCAUAAUAUAAGUUGUACACCUGAAGUCUUUGUUCAUGGUCUUUCCUGCUAGGUGACGUGCAAGACGAAUCUGUCCGUUUCCAAGGCUCGCGUUCCGUGUUUCCCUGCGUUGGAUGUCACCGACCGUCUGACGUCGCGGGGUCGCGGCCCCAGUUGACUCCAUGACCUCAACAUGUGCAGCGGCCGAGACGGCGGCGCGCGGCCGUCACCAUUGUUGAAUGUUUGCUUCGAAAGGAGCACAAUGUAGUGCACAUUGUAACACUAUUUAUUGUACGCGAUUCAGCCGUGAACGCCGUGUAAUAAACCUGACCCCGAGCA